GCAGGAAGGAUUAGUUCGCCCUUCUUGCCGACUUGACCCUACUUGUUGUCAGUGCCAAUGCACGGUGUUGUAAACAGCUGGGCAUGGCCGACGAGGGGGGAGGAGGCGACAACGAUAUCAACAACAUGGGAAAUCACUUACAGUUAUUGCCAGAAAGUGAAGAGGACGAUGAGGAUGACAUGGAGACGGAAGAUCGGGAUAGCGAGGAGGCAGAAAAGCCAAAUAUUAUCAACUUCGACCCAAGUCUUCCAACAUCACAUUCUUACUUGGGUGCCGAUAUGGAAGAGUUCCAUGGUCGCACCGUGCACGACGACGACAGCUGCCAGACAAUCCCGGUGCUGCCGCACAUGGCCGUCAUGCUCGUUCCUGGGCAGACCUUGCCGCUGCAGCUCUUCAGGCCGCAAGAAGUCAGCAUGAUGCGCAGCCUCAUUCAAAGGGAUCGCACGUUCGCCGUGCUCGCUAGUGUAAGUGAUGCAGGGGAACAGCAGGCAGAGUUUGGGACUACGGCAGAGAUCUACGCCUACCGCGAGGAGCAGGAGUACGGCAUCGAGACGGUCAAGGUGAAGGCCGUGGGCAGACAGAGGUUCAAGGUGCAUGAAAUAAGGACUCAGGCAGAUGGGAUCCGACAGGCCAAGGUUCAGAUCCUGCCCGAGAGGAUUCUCCCAGACCCCCUCUCUGCGGUGCAGCUCACGCCCCUGUCCCGGCUCCACACGCACCCCUCCUCCACGCCCCCUGCUGCUCCCUGCCGCAACGUCAAACGCUGGCGAGACUCCUACCAGAAGAGGAAGUUCCAUUGUGCGAACGUGACAUCAUGGCCUGCCUGGGUGUACUCUCUGUAUGACUCGGAGAUUCUGAUGAGCAGAGUGAAGAGACAGCUACACGAGUGGGACGAGAACCUAAAGGAUGACUCCCUCCCCACUAACGCUAUAGAUUUCUCCUACAGAGUGGCAGCCUGCCUGCCCAUUGACGACGCCCUGCGCUUCCAGCUCCUGAAGAUCGGCAGUGCUAUCCAGAGGCUGCGCUGUGAGCUGGACAUCAUGGACCGGUGCACCUCCCUGUGUUGCAAGCAGUGUCAAGACACGGAGAUAACGACCAAAAAGGAGAUCUUCAGUUUGUCUUUAUAUGGGCCUAUGGCUGCCUAUGUGAAUCCUCAUGGAUAUGUGCAUGAGACCCUGACCGUGUACAAGGCCAGCAACCUCAACCUGGUUGGACGACCGUCCACGCUGCACAGCUGGUUCCCCGGGUACGCCUGGACCAUCGCCCAGUGCCGGACCUGCAGCUCUCACAUGGGCUGGAAGUUCACCGCCGCCAAGAAGGACCUGUCCCCGCAGCGCUUCUGGGGCCUGACCCGCUCCGCCCUGCUGCCCCGCAUCCCCAAAUCCGAGGGCGAGGAGGGAGAGGAGGGCUCCCGGCUGCUCUGCCUGUGACCCGGAACCCCUUCACAAAUGCCCGUCCGCAGAUUCAAGAUGAAAUAGGUGUAUCUGUGUUAGAGUCAUGAACACUGUUGCUUCUCCUGUUGGGUUAUGGCAUAUUGCACUUUUGACUGAUUGAGCUGAAGCUGGUCUGAGGGGUGGGGUUCUCUGAAAGCAAUAGGUAUCCUGCCACGUGCCGGGGAGCACUGCUGUGCUACAUGAGGCUUAGUGAUGGAACAAGCAAGCUGCAUUAUUUUCUGUCACAAUCCUACUCCCAACCAUAGCAUGGUAACCCUCUCAGCCCUCCGCUGAAGGUACUGUAUUCAGCUUGUGAUGUAUCCAGUAGAGAACUGUGCUGGGGGCUUGGUGUGUAUAGCACCCAUUCAUGGCCCUUUUUUCCCCAUGCCAUGGUAGGUGUGCUGGUGUCUUGGCAACCUCUGCGACUGCAUGCAAGUUCAGGUCGGGUAUGAAUAUUGACUAGACACGCUAGUCUGAGAUUUUUCCAUGUUGAACGAUAGGAGAUUUUGUCGUAUUUAAGUUGUUCACUUUUCUGAGCCAUAUUACAUCCUUCUAGAACAAAACGUGUAUAUCUACAAAUAUCUAUUUAGUUGACUAUAGAAGCCUAUUGUAUUGCAAGACAUUGUGCCUAUGAAUAAAUGUUCAAUACGGUAUAUGUUUAAAUACAAAGUGAAAAAUGUGAAGUGUGGUUCAAUAAAUAUCAAUAAAUAUACAAAUAUACUGUAUAAAUAUAUUAGAAACCGUUGGUUAUGGCCACUUUCAUAUUUACAUCUACAUACAUAACAUAAUGAAAUUGUAAAACAUACUGUACAAUCAGUGAGCACUUUAUUCAUUUUUUAAUUUUAUUUUUUUAAAGAUGCUCUUCUGCAUACCACUGUUGUAAUGUGUGGUUAUUUGCAUUACUGUCACCUUCCUGUCUGCUUUGACCAGUCUGGCCCUUUGAUGCAUUUUUGCCCGCUGAACUGUUGCUCACUGGGUGCUUUUUUUGUUUUUUUGCACCAUUCUCAAACUCUAGAGACUGUUGUGUGUGGAAAUCCCAGGAGAUCAGCAGUUUCUGAGAUCACUCAAACCACCCUGUCUGGCACCAACAAUCAUUCCAUGGUCAAAGUCACUUGGAUCAUAUUUAUUCCUCAUUCUGACAUUUGGUCUGAAAAACAACUGAACCUCGACCAUGUCUGCAUCCUUUUAUGCAUUUAGCUGCCACAUGAUUGGCUGAUUAAAUAUUUGCAUUAACAAGCAGGUAUACAGGUCUGCCUAAUAAAGUGCUUACUGAGUGUAUGCUCUAAAACAUUCAUACAUUUUACACUAUAGUGGCAAUCAUUUUAAAUAAACAUUUACAUAUUCUGUAUGUUCCAAAAAAUAUACUUCAUAUUUUUUCAAUAUGUUCAUAAUGUUUUAGUGUAGGCGGCACGGAUGGUGCAGUGGGUAGCACUGCCGCCUCACAGCAAGGAGGUCCUGGGUUCGAAUCCCCGUCGGCUGUCUGAUUGGCGAGUCUAAAUUGCCUAUAGGUAUGAAUGUGUGAGUGAAUGGUGUGUGUGCCCUGCGAUGGACUGGCGACCUGUCCAGGGUGUAUUCCUGCCUUUCGCCCAAUGUAUGCUGGGAUAGGCUCCAGCCCCCCUGCGACCCUGUUCAGGAUAAGCGGGUAAAGAUAAUGGAUGGAUGGAUGGAUGUUUUAGUGUUUAUUUAUGAUGGGACAGUGAUGUUUCAGAAAACCAAAAAUUUGCAGAGCAACUUUGACGGUUACUGAAAUGAAUGCCUUGUCAAUGAGGGAAAAAAAGCUUGCAGUUGGUUCAGACAUGUUCAUGAUGGUCAGCUCCAUGUUGCUUCACCUUUCAUAGUGUUCAUGACACCUUACUGUCCUACCACUGCAGUUUAUUACUUCUAUCAUAAUGGUAUGGUAUACUAACAUAUCUUUGGGAUAUGGGCUGCAUAACUGGUCUCCUACAUCUGGACUUGACUGUCAGCAUUGGGUCAGAUCUGGUGUUCAAAUUUACCAAUGUGAAUUUACUAUCUUUGUGGAGAUAUUGUUGGUAAAGGAAUUCAAGGCUGUAAGUGGGAGAGAAUUUAUCCUCCUAUUUGUUUUAUUUUUGUAUCUCUUUAUUGGUUUUGCACUGUAAAAAUGUGUCUUGAUGUAGUACCUCGUAAAGAAUAGAGCCAUGACUGCAAACGUAAUCAGAUGUUACCAUUGUUUAUAAAGAAAUUCUGUCCUUUUCUCCUGAAGUUUCAGUGCUGUACUUCUCUAGUCUAAGCUUCAUAAGUGAGCUUGCGGCAGUUACAAUUUAUUGUUAUUGCUAUGUGUUUUAUUGUUCUUUUUGUGUAUUUGAAAAUGACUAUCAGAUAAUAUGCACAGCAUAUUUGAGCUCUAUUUCGUGAAUCAUUGAAGAGCUUUUUUUUUAAUUGUCAAGUCAAAUCUGAACAAACAUGUCAUGCUGAGGUGCAUUUGUCUUUAAGAGGUGAACAUUUGAAAUUUGUCAUAGUAAGCAUAAAGCUUUCUGGGCAGAUUGGAAAGGAAUGGCAUUGGAAUUUCUACUCCACAUUGCAAAUUCUUGCAUCUUAUGUUGCUUUUCCCAGUAAAGUUGCUAAGAACCACUCUUCAGUUUGUUGUUUUGUCAUACUCUGUGUUAUACUAGGAAACACCAUUCCUAAACUUUUGCAACAAAUCUGUAUGAACACAUCAGGUUUUACAGCGAUUUCAAUGAUGAUGAAGUACAGUAAAGAUAAUACUUUACAAGAUGGUAAAGUAUUGGCCGAAUGGUAUAGGACACGUCAUUGGUUAUGGAAAAAUGGCAGGCUGAAAGAUUGAUUAGGCCGCAGUUGCAAAGGUUGAAAUUCACCCAUGAGACGUGACCAUAGUUUUCUCAUCCUCAAAUCCACCAAUGCUGUAGGUAUUUGAUAUCUGCUGAGUACGUUGUUCAUGUUCCUCACACCAGAAAAUGGGCAUUGAUGGUUUUGCUAACCACUUUAGCCACUACCCUUUGUUUCCUGAGAUACACCUUGCUGAUGUAUUGCAUUACCAUCCCCCUGAAAUCUCAUCCAGGCACAAAACCACAAUUGUCUGUAUAAUGUAAUUCUGACAAUACUUUAUUUUACAAUGGAUGUCAUGCAAGUUCAGAGUCAUUAUAAAGACCUCUACUAAUCUUUUUACAGGGAAGUGAUAAUGGCACUCUUGAGAUUGAACAGACUGAAGUUAAAGCAAACAGGCAUAAAUAGAAUUUGGUUGGUUCGGUUGGCUCCACUUGCUUUGUGUAAUUUUAGCAUGCCUUUUGGUUUGAAACCGCAUGGAGGCACUUGAGGCAGAAAUAUUUGUUCCAUUACCUUUUGACUGCCUUUGAUUUCGUAUCAUGUCUUUGUAUCAUGAAGUAACGUGGUAAAAUACCUGAAGGUGUAUUCAUUUCUCUAUGUAUGUAGACCGAUGCUACAAUUUUUUAAGCAGAUUACACUGGACGACAUAGCCUGAAUCUUUCUUGCUAGGACGUUUAUGAAAGGCAAGAUGAUUACAGAGAUUCUGCAUACGGAAGUACAUUUAUUCCAACACUAAGCCUAAUCUGUGUCUCUGAAACCAGUCAUAUGUCUUGUGGAUGUGGCCAAAUCUGUGUCUCUGAAACCAGUCCUAUGUCUUGUGGAUGUGGCCAAAUCUGUGUCUCUGAAACCAGUCCUAUGUCUUGUGGAUGUGGCCAAAUCUGUGUCUCUGAAACCAGUCCUAUGUCUUGUGGAUGUGGUCCAUAUUUGCAUUUUACAGCAGAUUCUGUUCCGCUCUUCUGAACUACCUUAAAAUAAAAUCUUUCUGAGAUCUCA